UGCUGCUUGACACUUGGUGUGACUGACCGUUAACUUUCCGUCACUCUCGCUGUAAAGGAGCGCAGGCAUGUCGAAUAACAGCGUCAACAGCAGCAGUUUAGUCAUUGCCCAGAAGGCAGUGAAGCAGCUUCGCCUGGAGGCCAGUGUCCGCCGCAUAAAGGUUUCUCAGGCUGCUGCAGAUCUGAAAACCUUCUGUUUGCAAAAUGCCCACAAAGACCCUCUCCUCAUGGGAGUUCCGUCUAGCGACAACCCAUUCAGACCUCCCAAGUCCUGUGUCCUCAUCUGAGGGCCUGCAGGAAAACACAAACACACUUCUGAUCAUUCCAAUCUGGAUUUCUGUCAUGUGUCCCAUUGCCUGGAAACACUAAAGAAGCCAGGACUACACACUCAGCACACACACAAACAAAUGUCUGUCACUGGAGCAGCUAAAUAAUGAAGUCACCAAAAAUCUAGUUAAUAUAUAUUUUGAAUAUUUAGAUAAAAUGUGUUUUUGCACUUGCAAAGCUGCUGUACAACUGAGCAUGUGCUGACACUUUGGUUGAUGUGAUGCUCUGUUCUGACAAAUCACUGGGGGGCCAGAGGCUCCAAAUGCCUCUAUGUAAUAGUCUGCAGCUACAGAGUUUAGAACAAUCAAACUAUGUUUUUCAGCGCUUUGGUUUUGUCUUAAAUAACAUAUUUUUAUGAGCAAAUCUAGCUAGUUCAAGAGCACUAACAACAUAGCAUUAAAGGUAUGGUUCAUCCAUUUUGAAAUAAUUGACAUUAUUUCACUUCCCUCCUAGCCCACUCCCCCCCCCCCCACCCACCCCUGGCUGUUAGCGUGUGAAGCAUCCAGCCAGUGUCCAGCACUCAGUAAUGAGAGGAAGAUAGCACCACUACUGUCCUACAGAACAGCAAGGGGGAAAGUGAACUAAUAUUACAAUAUUCAGAAUGGUUGAACAAUCCCUUUAUUCAGUAUACAGAAAACAAGACAACAUAAACACUUAAGAACUUUCCCAUUGCUCCCAACAACAAAUGCAACCUAUUGUUAAGUAUUUGAAUUUAGAUAUUUAUUGCUGUACCCAGAUAAAAGCUUUAGAGAACUGGGAAACUGGGUGUAAUCACAUUCUUAUCCAUGUGGUACUUACAAGUGAGAACUAGUUUUCAUGAAACAAAAUGUCAUCAGUGGGGAAACAGGGAGGCACCACAGUCUGAUCAACUGUUGACAGCUGAUUACUAUUGUUGACCAUCUACACACUGGCAGUAGUUCUCUGAACGGUCAGCUGUGUUGGAAAUCAAUGAACCACUGGUUGUUUGUUGAUCAUGUUACAGGCAGUGUGUGCGUAGACUGAAGUCCAUAUCUCACACUGGUUUGCUACUUAAAAUAUUCACAUGUCUGAAAUGUACUGUGACAAUGAUUCACCAUGAAAAAAUCACUGUUUCUCAUAUUACUGUAGGAUGAAGGGUUUUCCUGUCAUAAACCUAUCAUAAUGAGUGAACUCCACAACUUGAGAGCCAUCUGACAUGAUGUACCCUCCAGAAGAACUGCUACUAUGCUCCAGAAAUAUCAGCAGGUCAGAACUGCUGAACACCUGGAAAAAUGCACUGGAGUAGCUCACCAAGUUACCAAGUUUCAAGAUUUCUUAUCCCUGAUUUUGGUAGUACAGUUAUACCUGAUGUUAUCAUGGCAGUGUACACUGGAGAGUCAGCACAGCAUUAUUUUUUAAACAUAUUAAAUAAAUGUUAAACCAAAUAUAUCUGAAAUUGUGAGGCUACACGUGCUAACUAUGCUAAUUAGCAAGCUAAUCCUGCGAGAUAUUUUAUAUACAUAUUAUUAGCUGUGUGGGAACAGUAUACAUUUAGCAAAGAAGAACUUGCAGACCUCCAAGUUUUUGGUUAGCUGGAUCACGAGAACAUGUGGAGGUUGUAAUUAGGACCCUGCCAUGUGGAAAUGUGCUAUUUCUGAUUAGAAAUUGAAUACAGCAUCAUAAUAAUGAUGGCAUGAAGCGUGCAUGAGUAAAAAGCUGAAGAGGACAGCAAGUAGCAGAACAAAAAUAACCUUACAAUCAGUACAGCUCUUUUAUUACUGAUAUAUUUGAAGGAAGAGGUGAAUGAUAUUUGUGCCUUGAAAAAAAAUAAUUUGUGUGUAUUUGAUGCAAUAUGAAGAAUACAUCAGGUACUGUACAUGACAUUACUAUGAAUACAGUUUGUGUCAUAGCCUAUUAUCAAACCCACAAACAGUAAAGCCCUUACAUCACUGUAUGAACCUACAUAUGUCUGUUAGCUUUGCUUGCAUCUAUGGAAUAUUAUUUUUAAUGGGCUAAGUGUAGUAUUUCAACAUCAAUAAAUCAU